AUGGGAAAAAGAUAUAUUAUUGCGUUGACUCAGGCGUCAGUGGAUCUUUCCCUUUGUCCUGAGGCGACGGUAGCAGAUUCAAUUUCGUCUUCUCCGCCUCCUUUUGGCCAAGUUGUAUUGCCGCGUUUCGUCAAGAAUGUGAGGGAAAACUUCCCGGACUUCGACGUUCUUUCAGGAUGUUCUAAGAAAGACUUUGAAUGCCGAGAAGAAGAAGUGAAAAUGGCUGAGAUUCUGUUUAUAGUGGAUGCACCUUCAUCUCUUUUGGCUGAAGUGAUUCCCUUGGCGCCAAACUUGAAGUGGAUUCACAGUUAUUUAGCCGGUGUAGAAGGACUUUGUGCUGAAUUACGUCGGCUGCGCCUUCCAUCGAAUCCAUCAGUUUCUCUCAGCGAAAGCGGUAUUCUAGUGACGAAUGCAAGAGGAGUCUUUUCCUCUUCUCUAAAGGAAUACACAAUGGCUGCUAUUCUGCACUUCGCCAAGCAAAUACCCAGGUUGCAAGCAAACAAACAAAACCGAAGAUGGGAGCGCUUCGUCAUGGGGGAGGUUAAAGGGCAAACUGUUGGCUUCAUUGGCUACGGCGACAUCGCAAAAGAAAUCGCUUCUGCAUGCAGAGCAUUCAACAUGCGAUGUAUUGCCCUACGCCGUGAUGCAAGCAGAAAGUGCGAGUUGCUCGAUGCAGUCUACGGCUCUUCUUCAGGUUCACAAGCCCUAGAGACAGUCAGACUUCAUCGUUUGCAGCCUCCCGGCUACGGAGGAAACGCGGAGCUGCAUUUCUUAUGA